AUGAGCUCCAGAGACCUUCUCCAGCGUCGAACGACAGAUCCCUGGGGAAACACUGGAUGGGCAGAUUCGCCGGUGGUGCAGGCGGCUAUUUAUGGCGAUUUGGCCGUUCUGGAUGGUGUGCACCGUUUGUCCAAGGAAGAGGGGUGGUCGAGUGCAUUGUAA